GGACACACAAGGAGUCUGGAGGCAACUGAGAAAGGACAGAGAGCGGCUGGAACGUGAAGAAAAGCCUCUUUCUCUCCGUGAUUAAGUCAUGUCUGAGUCACAGAGAUGGGGAAGCUCGACGAUAACGAGAGGGUGAUCCUCAACGUCGGGGGCACCAGGCACGAGACCUACCGAAGCACCCUGAAAACGCUGCCGGGAACCCGGCUGGCUCUGCUCGCCUGCCAGCCCCAAGGCGAUUCCCCUGGCGGCGGAGAGGAGCACCACCAGCCGCCGCUUCUCCCCGCCCCCAACCCGGCCCCCAACCCUGGAGGCGGCGGCGGCGGCCCCCUGGAUACUGUGGGCGGGAGCGGCUGGAGUUCGCGCGCCAAUGGCAUCGUCGUCGCACGUGGCGGGAGCGGCGCGUGCUGCGAAUUCUUCUUCGACCGCCACCCGGGGGUCUUCGCCUACGUGCUCAACUACUACCGCACCGGGAAGUUGCACUGCCCGGCCGACGUGUGCGGGCCCCUCUUCGAGGAAGAGCUGGCUUUCUGGGGCAUCGACGAGACCGACGUGGAGCCCUGCUGCUGGAUGACCUACAGGCAGCACCGCGAUGCUGAGGAGGCGCUGGACAUCUUUGAGGCGCCCGACCUGAUCACCGGCGAGCCACCUGGCGACCCGGACGACGACGAGUUAGCAGCCAAGCGCCUGGGCAUCGAGGACGUGGGGGCUCUGGGCGCCUCCUCGUCUUCCUCUGCUAACGGGUCCCCUCUUGACGGAAACGGCGGCCGCUGGAAAAGGCUCCAACCGCGCAUGUGGGCACUCUUCGAGGAUCCCUACUCUUCCCGCGCCGCCAGGUUCAUUGCUUUUGCCUCUUUAUUCUUCAUCCUACUCUCGAUUACCACCUUUUGCCUGGAAACCCAUGAAGCGUUUAAUACCAUCAAAAAUAAAACUGAACCUAUCAAAGGUUCAGUUCUGCAGUAUGAAAUAGAGACAGAUCCAGCUCUAACAUAUGUCGAAGGAGUCUGUGUGGUGUGGUUUACAUUUGAGUUUUUAGUCCGUGUUGUUUUUUCACCCAACAAAUGUGAAUUCAUAAAAAAUCUCUUGAAUAUCAUUGACUUUGUGGCAAUUUUGCCUUUCUAUCUAGAAGUGGGUCUGAGUGGGCUCUCCUCUAAAGCUGCUAAGGAUGUGCUUGGUUUCCUCAGGGUGGUGAGGUUUGUAAGAAUAUUGCGAAUCUUCAAGCUCACUCGACAUUUUGUUGGCCUCAGGGUGCUUGGUCAUACACUCCGUGCAAGCACCAAUGAGUUUUUGCUGCUGAUAAUAUUUUUGGCAUUAGGAGUGUUGAUAUUUGCCACCAUGAUCUAUUACGCUGAGCGAAUAGGUGCCAAACCCAAUGAUCCAUCAGCUAGUGAACAUACAGAGUUCAAAAACAUUCCCAUUGGGUUUUGGUGGGCUGUGGUCACCAUGACUACUCUUGGAUAUGGAGAUAUGUAUCCAAAGACUUGGUCAGGCAUGCUAGUGGGUGCUCUGUGUGCUUUAGCUGGAGUGCUGACCAUAGCCAUGCCUGUGCCUGUUAUUGUCAACAAUUUUGGAAUGUACUAUUCUCUGGCCAUGGCGAAACAGAAGCUUCCAAGAAAGAGAAAGAAGCACAUCCCACCUGCUCCUCAGGCAAGGUCCCCUACAUUUUGCAAGACAGACUUGAAUAUGGCCUGCAAUAGUACACAGGGAGAAGUCUGUCUUGGCAAAGACAACCGGCUGAUGGAACAUAAUAAAUCAGUGUUAUCAGGUGAAGACAGUACAGAAAGUGAGCAGCCAUUGUCACCAAUGGAAAGCCCCCCACCAAUCAGACGCUCUAGUACCAGAGACAAAAACAGAAGAGGGGGAACAUGUUUUCUACUGACAGCAGGUGAUUACCCAUGUGCUACUGAUGGAGGGAUCAGAAAAGGCUAUGAAAAAUCCAGAAGUUUAAACAACAUAUCUGGCAUGGCAGGCAAUGCCUUGAGACUGUCUCCAGUAAUCUCACCUUACAGCUCACCUUGUCUAAGACGCUCUCGAUCUCCCAUCCCAUCUAUCUUGUAAACCAGAGGCUAUAUGUUGAUUACAUUUCUGCAAUUUAAAUGCUGCUUAUUAACUAACAGAAUAGCUAUAGCAUUAACCAAGUUCUAUUGACAGAAGUAUAAAUCUGUGUUAUACUUGCUAGUGUCCAGCAGUAUCACCUGGAUAGCUGAAGAUCCUAAUUUGCUUGUAAGAUCCUCUAAAUUACAGUAGGUUUGUUUCCUCUUCACUGCUAUUGUCCUACUGUAUAUUACCACAGCAAUAAAAAAACCUGAACAGUAUAAAUAAAUGAUCAUAUUUUCAGGGAGAUAAUAUUUAAAUAAAUGUGCUUCCAUUAAUAAUUAUUCAUUGGAUUUUCAUUUCUUGUGAUUCCAACCUGUUCUGAAUAUGUCUGAGAUCUGGUCAUAAUUGGAUAGGAUGUGACUUCAGUCUAACCAUGUUCAUUGACCAUUCUGUUUCCAUUCCUGAAAUCCAUCUUGCAGAUUAGUUGGAAUCAUAGAUGACCUAGGACUGUGUAGAUUUGUUGUUGUUUUAAUUGUACCAUCUUUUUGAAAUCAGAGUGAUGUUCAAUGGGUCUGCAUGUGGGAUUGGCUAGUUUGUGUUUAUUUUGAUUCUCUUUGAUUUAUUUUAAGAUUAUUCUUUUCAAAAAUGUUAUUUCUUGAUUGAUUUAUUUUAGUACUGGGUUAAUAUAGCAGAGUUCUGAAUAUUUCCGGUUGUUUGUACACAGAUAACUGCAAAGAGGUUGUCAUUACUGGGUACACGCAAGCAGAGGCCAGAUCUCUUUCUUAAUGGCUUGGGGAAGGCACAAAACAUGAAAGAAAGGUAAACACAGUCCAGGCUUGCAAUAUUAAGUUAGCAAGUGCUGCUUGAUAGUGCAGUCAUUUCUCUUCUCCAGGAUUCUUCAACAUUUUCAGAUGCAGAGC